AUAAUGAUCAUGGUAUCGAAAAUUUGAUUUGCAGACGAUUAAUGUUUUUCUGAACUUUUUUGGAAAAACUUCUUUUUUUUUUUAAAUUUUUUUUGAAAAUUUGUAUUUUUCAAAAAAUUUUUAAACUACGAAUACUAUUAUUUUAAUGUCUUCUACGUCGAGUAAUUCAUCAGAAGACUCUAUAAAUCUUCCUGAAAAUGGAGCAAAACUGGAAUUUCUGGAAAAAGAGCCCGAGCAAGUGCACGGGCUCGACGACUAUAUUCAAAUGGGCAAGUAUGUGCUCCUGGUGUGCUUGGCCGCAGAAUUAUUGAUUUUACCGCAAGUAUCGUCUAUGUUUUAUAUGAUGUAUGCAGGUGCGGCGCCACGUGUCAUCUCCUGCGACAAUAUCGUAUUCGACAGUCUUCUGGAGGGCAAGGAAAUAUGCUUUGAGCUGGAUAAAAUGGGAAAUUGCUCACAUCCCGAGUUUCAGUACCAGUUUAGGAGUAUUAAUGUGGAGUACAACUAUUUCUGCAAUACUUCAAAACUGGUGAAAAAUUCAAUUUCCGUCCAAAUGUUCGGAGUGCUCACCGGAUCGAUAGUUUUUGGGCAAAUCAGUGACUCGUUCGGCAGAAAAAUUGGCUCACAGGUUGCAUCUCUCGGAAUGUUAAUUGGUUGGCUCAUAGUGGUGCAGAGCCGGAACUUGCUCCAUUUUACGAUUUCCAGAACAAUCGUGGGAUUUUUCACAGGUGGAAGUAUCUCAAUCAUAAACGUUUUCAUUAUGGAGAACAUACCGAAAAAGCAUCGAAUGUGGAUUAACAUGGCAAUCACGUGGUCUCCAAACAUGCCGAUAUAUUCAUAUUUUGCGUGGUUAGCCAGCGACUGGAAAAGCUUAGCCUACAUCAACGCGUUCAUGUGUAUUCCGGGAAUCUUGUUCUUCCAAUUUUUCAUCCACGAGUCGCCGAGAUGGCUUGUGACACGUGGCAAAAUCAGCGAAGCCGUGCAGGUCCUCCAACGCCAACUUAAAACCUCCAACCAGGAAAACCUAAUCCACGAAGAUUUUGAAGAAAACUUGCGGAUGGAAUAUGCGAAAACCCAAGCUCAAAACACUCGAAAAACGAAAUUUUCCUACUAUCAUCUGUUUGUGACGCCGAAAUUGGCAAUUACCACAAUUGUGCUGGCGUACAGUUACUGCGCUACAUCAAUUAUCAACUACGGUGUGCUCUUCAACAUGGAAAAGCUCUCCGGCUCAAUUUACUGGAACUCGGUAUAUACCGGACUCAUGCGAUACGCCUGUAACCUAUCAUUUGGCUACGCUGAUUUGAAAUUCAAGUCAAUCGGCCGGAAAUUUAUUCAUACAAGUGGUCUUGUGAUUAUUGUGCUCUCACUGAGCUUGGUAGUCGGGUCGUAUGCUUUACACCUAAACCACGAGAUGAAGGAUGUUAUCAGAAUAUCAAUUUUACUAGCCAGUUCUAUGACGUCGCAGAUUUACAUAGCAGAUGGUAUAGUGUCGGCUGAGCUGUUUCCCACGCCAAUUCGCACAAUUGGAUAUGCAUUUUUGCAACUUUGGAACCGAGUUGGAGUUGUACUGUCACCGUUUAUUUUUUAUUUGGCCGACUACUGGUUGGCCCUGCCCUUCUGCUUCAUGAUCCUCUUCUCGCUAAUUGACACUUUCUCCUUCGAGUGUCUACUCCCAGAAACCAAGGGCCGUCACCUGGUGGAGCACAUGCCACCACGUCAUCAAUGGUGGUUUGGAGCCGGCAAGGAAGAAAUUGUAGAGGUUGAGGAGCCCGAUACGGAGCUAGCAAAGAUUGAAGCUUAAUUUUGAUAAUUUCCGUUUGGUUUUGUUAUAAAAGUUGGAAAAUUGCACUAGAUUGUUAUCCAGAUAUUUUUUUAAAAUUUUAUUUUAAUGUUUUUUUUAAUUUCAAAAUUAAAAAAUAAUGCUCAAAGUCCGUAAA